AUGUAUGCGACACCAACAGGGCCAGAGAGAGUCUACCUCGAGCUGCAACCCAAAACAAGAAUUAAAGUCGAUGAAGUAUACGAACACGUCGUCGAGGACGAGUCUGGGACUGAUGUUGCAGUACAAAGAGUUAAUAUGGGAAAUGACAAUCAAGAUGGCAGCAAUAGAAGACAAGCGCCACCAAAGACGUCGAAUGUUUCGCGAAGAGAUGUCCGGAAAAUCCAACGAAUGCAGCUCUUGAUCGUUGUCGCUGUGGUCAUAACUUUCCUGACGGCGGUAGUCUGUUUGGUUUUCAUAAUCACGAUAAAGUGGCCUCGAAACACCCCAGCUGUUUCAAAACAAGGAGCAGAAGAAGGAACUAUACAAGGUAGGAUGGGAAGUGAGUCUUAUACCUAACUAAUAUACGUGAGAUAUAGUUCGCGGUAAUUUGCAAGAUAGUAAAAUGGUUAAAAGCUUGGAAAUCCGACACUUUUGAGAAAUUAAAGUUAACCAUAGGAGACAGACCGGAUACAAAUUUUCAGAGACUGGCGUUUUUGUAGGUACAAUUCGUCGCCACUAGUCAGUGACUAACCCACCCCUUCUUCAAAUUAAGAAUAUGCAGUAACUACCUGCAAAUAUGAUUGCCUUUGUCUCCAGUAACGUUUGAAACACUUUUUGAAAUAAAAAUGUAUGCGGAAGUGAUGUCAGCAUAAUUAAUGCAAUUUUCGCAUUAACACCUGAAAAGAAUGCAUGUUUAGCCCUUAGUUCUUGGCAUGGUCAUUAAAUCUUUCCUUUAGAACCCGGCUUGGCUAUUCCUAGGAUCAUACAUCUCGUGAGAUAUAUGAAAAAAACUUAAUAUUCAAUCUUCAACUUUUUGCAGGGCAUAAUAGAGGCAUUUGUCUUGAUAAAUUAUUAUUACUAUUUUUUUGAUUUUGCAAGUCUAAUUUUUGUCAAGCUAUUCAGCGAUGUUAAAUUUAUGAUUCAAAACUCUUUGAGUGAUACUAUUCUUAGGUUAUGUUGUCAAAUUCUUGACCAUGUUUGAACAGUAUGGACAGCAAGCUAUGGGAUAACUGUUUUGUCUUUUGUUGACGUUUACAAGCCUUAAACAGUUUGGUUUUGAAGUGAGAAAUUUAUCAUCCCAGUCAUUUAACAUAAUCCGCGGAACUGAACUGCUGCAGGGAUGCCAUUUCGGGGUUGAUAUUAAAAUUAGUUUUUAUUCUCAUGCAAAUAAAACUCAUUUUCAGAAGAAAGGUUUUGCACCUAGGAACUCGGAAAUGGCCUAAUCAUUUUCAGUUGAAACAAAAAAAGCUAUUGGCCAUCAUCGUCAUCAUUAUUUAUUAUUUUUAAACUACCUUUUAUUAUUAUUAUUAUUAUUAUUAUUAUUAUUAUUAUCAUUAUUAUUAUUACUUUUCGACCCAUUUUUUGGACCUGUUGGAAACGUUUACGGCUUAAACACGAAGUUAACUUUUCAAUAUUUAAAACAACGUGCUACGCGCAACGUGCAUGUGCCUGUAAAUUUUCAACUUUUCCAGUACUUUACUUUGCUUUAAAGAGAAAAACGUCAAAAAGAGAAGAACGGUCGUUAAUAAUUUGGGGUAACUUACGCGGGGAAAUGGGUUUGGAGGAGUAUAACGAGCCUUAUGCCUUAUCAUGAUAAGCUGUAAGCAACUGAUUGUGUGAUACAUUUCAGAAUAGAAAUCUUUUCUUUAAAGAAGUGAAGAAUCUUGUUAACCAACUUCGAAAUUGUAACUAAUUGCUUUUAUAAUUGUGACCAUCUCUACCCUCUGUAGGGGCGUGACCUCUAUUAUUAUUAUUAUUAUUAUUAUUAUUUCAGAGUUAAAUGUUGAAGACUGUGCAACAAACACUCAGGUGUGUAACAGAAAUGCUGUUUGUAAGACUAUGGAGGAGUCUAGUAUCUGCAUCUGCAAUCCCGGAUACGCUGGAAAUGGAAAAAUAUGCACUGGUAAUCAUUAUAAGUUGACUUAUAUUUUAUUGUGUAUGUGACAGCCUGUUUUUCCAUCUGUCCGACCAUGCCCGCCUGUCUGCAUAUUCGUCUUUCAGACGGUUUAUCAGUCGAUCACUUUCGGCUUACUUUAUUUCCUUAUGAAUGUGUGUAUUUUAAUGAUCUUUUAGACAAUUGAGCUUUUUAUGAAAAUACCAUAAAAUUCCGAAAAUAAGCCCCUCCAUGUAUAAGCCCCUCCAAAUAUAAGCCCCCAAAACCGGUAACACAAAAACCCCUCCGUUAAAUCGCCCCUCCAAAUAUAAGCCCCCCGGGGGCUUGUACUUGGAAAAUUUCUCUCAAAUACAAAGUAAAACAUAGCAAAAACGGUAAAUUUACUUCCAGCUAUAAGGCUAGCCCAGUCAAUUUUGAAACGCAAGUUUUUCCUCCGUAGAUAAGCCCCUCAAAAGGGGCCUUUGAAAAAUAUGAGCCCCGGGGCUUAUUUUCGGAAUUUUACUGUAUACAGUCUAACUCAAGUAUUCAAGUUGUAAAUUAAAAAGCAACUACCUAACGUCAGUGUACUUUUAUUCUGUUAUUGUUUAGACGUUAACGAGUGUACAAGUAACACUCAUUCAUGCGCCAUCCACGCAGAGUGUGAAAAUGCCAUCGGAUCACACAGUUGUACUUGCAGACCUGGAUAUACCGGAAAUGGAAAAACAUGCGCUGGUGAAUAUUGAAUCAAAUGUAGUAAGGAAUGAAAUCCCGCAAAAAUUCUGCAAAAGCAGGACUAUUGCUUUAGCCUAAGUUAUCCUUUAUAAGCCAGCCUGCCUGCCUGCUCAAACUAAUAGGGGUUAAGAGUAAUUCAUUCAAUCGAGCAAAAAUAAAAAAAAAAUGGUGAGGCAAAAAAAAAAUAACAUUCAACCUUGCUCUAGUUUAAAUUUACGACAGGUUUCAAUUAAUAUAAUUUCCAACCCCCUCCUAUCCUAGUUGAAAUACUAUAUAUUUAAAGCCUGAUAAGGACUAGCGUCCGAUCCUUCUAAGUCCGAGAGUGUUUGUUGUGGCUCUGAAUUUACUCCUCUCAACCUUGGAGCCAACAAUGAAUUUUGAUAAUCCGUAACUGUCCUAUUGAUUCUAUUUAAUUUAUUAUUAUUAUUAUUAUAAUUAGAAGAGUUUAAUAAAGUAUGUUUUUUUUGCAAUUAAGAAAAAUAAUAAGAUUAUUAUUAUUAUUAUUAUUAUUAUUAUUAUUAUUAUUGUUAUUAUUUUUUUUUUUAGAUAGUUUUAUUUUUUUAAAUUUUUUAUCAACUUUUUGAUGCUUUUUAUAAUUGUUAUUAGUAGUUUUUAGAUAGUCAUUUUACGACAAUUCUCUUUCGUACACAAGAAGAAUGUACAUAGGGUAUAUAUUUUAAUAUUCAUAUUCUUGAAUCUGUAAAUAAUCUUUUUUUUUAAUCUAUGAAUAAAGUUUUUAUUAUAUGUUAUUAUUAUUAUCAUUAUUAUUACCAUUAUUAUUAUUAUUAUGAUUAUCAUCAUCAUCAUUAUCACAUUAUUAUAAGUGCUUAAUUUAAUGGUUAUAUUAAAUGCAUAUGUUGUUAUCGAAACGAUGAUUUAACUAAAACGUUUUUAUUAUAUGUUAUUAUUAUUAUUAUUAUUAUUAUCAUUAUUAUUACCAUUAUUAUUAUUAUUAUGAUUAUCAUCAUCAUCAUUAUCACAUUAUUAUAAGUGCUUAAUUUAAUGGUUAUAUUAAAUGCAUAUGUUGUUAUCGAAACGAUGAUUUAACUAAAACGUAUUUAUUUGUGCCAGAUAUUGAUGAGUGUGAAACAAACAUCUAUUUAUGUGGUGCGAAUGCGAUUUGUAACAAUAACAUGGGAUCAUACAACUGUAGCUGCAGUCCUGGGUACUUUGGAAAUGGACAAGCCUGUCUUGGUAAUUGUCAAAUUGUUACUCAUUGGGUGUUAUUACAUUUUUUUUUCGUGGUUAUGUCCAUAAUAGUUUUAAUAUUCUUUCUACAAAAAGGUGUAAAAAAAAAAAACGAAAGAAAUAGUGUUUCAACGUUUCGGAAAUGUCAAGACACCAUUAUCAAGGAAUGGAUUCAAGUAUUGUAUUCAUUCAUUCAGAUUCAGAGUUCUUUAACUCCUUUUGGAGCUCGCAUUUAUUUCCAUUCCUUGACAAUGGAAAAAUGCCACCGAAACGUGGGAGCUUUAUUUCGCUAGUUUUUACAUGUUUAUGUUUCUCCAAAUCAUUAUUAAUUAAGAUUCCUUUCCAGUUCUAAAUAUACUUUAAGUUUCUACGAUACUGUCGAUAAAUUUGGAUUUUUAGUAAAAACCAAGAGGAUGGCGGUCAUUUUGAAAUGGCAUCCCGUGUUCCUCGUGAGUUAAUCGCGGGCUCUUCAUUCUACUCUUUUCGUGGCAGUAAUGGGUAUGAAGGGCCCCCUUUCCCUAUCACCACCACCUUGAAACGUUGAUGAAAACUGCUUGUGUAACUCAAGGUUCUUUGAAAAUGGACAAAUUUGUCCUGGUAAUAGGCCCUUUUAGCUGGUCGUUCCUAGUGGUACAUCUCCGCCACAUAUGGAGAGCAAGGUGUCAGCCUUUUGUUUGUUUUGCCCCCGUGCGACGUUUGCUCUCCAGCGUGGCAGUUUUGUACCACUUGAGUGGCAAGCUGCAAAAGGCCUUUUAAAUUGAUUGUCUCAAAAUGAUUUAAGCAGUUAGUUCCUUUUUGAUGUACUUUAGUCAGCAAAAUAUUGUCUUUAUUUUGACCGUUCAAUGUAUUUUGAAUCAGGCUUAGUUUUCUUUUUCGUCAAGUAGAUGUCAAUGAGUGUACAACCGACGCCCACAGCUGCAACUUCAAUGCUUACUGUAACAAUACAAGUGGAUCGUACAACUGCAAUUGCAAUCCAGGAUUUAGUGGCAAUGGCAUAUCGUGUACAGGUAAAUAAAGCACUAAAAAAAACGCAUUUUGUAGCUGUUGGCGAGCCCAGGCCUUCGCAACACGCGCUUCCUUGCGCGUUAGUCACUAGUUUCACUCCCUUUCAGUCAUGUGACCAAGCUAAUAAGAGUUCGAAUUGUACUCACUAGUUCAGCGUUAGCUAAUGUUUGUUAUUAUUCGCUUUUCUGGCAUUUCAUUUGGUCCCCUCUGUAGCCGUGUAGGCUCAAAAGAUUUGGAAUACUAAUACUUUGUAUUUUAUUUCUUUAGUUUUAUUAUUCGCAUUUUUUCUUUCUUUGGCCAUGUUUGUAUUUGUGUUACCUUUUUGCACGUUUUUGCAUCGCCUAUAAUGAGCACUUUUAUUGUUAGAAGACAGCAAACAUAACAGCCAUAACUACAUUCUGAUUUGUUUUUAUUAUUAUUAUUAUUAUUAUUAUUAUUAUUAAAUAGUUAUUGUAAUCUUGGCUUGCUUGCUUAAUCUCUGAAGCACCGAGUCCAAACCAUGGCACUUAGGUAACAAACAGUUUACUUGAUUGACAGAACGUUUCUGAGGAUGUGGGCUGUUCGCAGAAUAGUCAUUUUUUUUGGAGCUCGCUGAUGCUAGUUGUUCCUUGAAUUCUGUCAACGUAUUUUUCCAGUCCCUUCUUAAUGAUCUCGAGCGUCCCAAUAAUAUGAAUGUUGAUGUUGCCAGGGAUUUUGUUAAUGUAGUUUUCCAUGUCCUUCUUGAUGGUACAAAGGCCUCCCAUAACCACCGGGACUGUUGUUGUUUUGAGCCCCCACACUCACUCAACCUUGAUUUCCAAGUCUGUGUAUUUGUUAAGCUUUUCCGAGGCUUUGACUGAAGUGUUGGUGUUGAGGGGUGUAGUCAUGUCUACGAGAAGGCGGCUUUUGUCCUUCUUGCUCUUCAGCGCAAUGACCAGGCUAUUAGCUGCGAUGGUCCUGUCAGUGUGGAUGGGCAUGUUCCACAUAAUGGUGACGUUGUCCUUCUCGGUGAUAGCCUUGGGUUCAUGCUCAUACCAUCGUUCCUUCACCUCAACACCAAACUCUUUGCAGAUCUUCCAGUCCAGGACAGCCGGAGACCAGAUGGUCAAUGGUAUCGUCGAAACGGCCGCAAAGUCUGCAUUUUGGGUUCAUUGGGAGGCUUUGAUCUUGAACUGCGAUGAUAAAGCCCUCGGUUUCUGCCUUUAAGCCAGCUGCUUUUAGCCAUCUGUGGGUCUUGUCUUGGUCCACGUCAGCCUGUAUCACCCGUAGUGGGUAUUUGCCGUGGAGCGCUUUUGAUUCCCACUUGGACCUGAGCUGUUGGCGACCCUGAUGUUUGGCCUUGGCCUUUACUGUUCUGCGAGCAUAGGUGGUGUUCGCCUCAUUCUCUGCAGGUGGUAUUGCAGACACUCCCAGUUCCCGACUGAACUUCAUCGACCGUCUGCUGAUGGAGUACGAGGAUUUCCUGUCGUCCUGGUCUUUGACAAAGUGGAGGGGGUGUCAUGCUUCUCCUGGAGGAUUUUAUCAAGACCAAUAGUGGUCGUCUUGUAGGAAAGCCUGAGUUGUACGAACCCUCUACCUCCUUCGGUUCUGGGCAGGUACAGCCUGUCCACGUCAGAUUUGGGGUGGUGCAUCUUGUACAUAGUUAGGAACUUCCUAGUCUUUGUAUCAAGUUUUUCCAGCUCUUAUAACGUCCAGUUUAUGAUGUUAAAACUGUAAGUUACCACUGGUACUGCUGAGGUGUUGACGGCUUCCAGUUUGUUUACGGAGUGCAGCUCAGACUUGAGUUAGAGUACUAUCCGGAACCUGCGGUUGUACUCUUUCCGGAUCUUCUCAUUCAUUUGAGAGUGCUUAUACUCCUCGAGACCAAAAGCCCCCUGCCUUCAAGUCCAGUCUUGCCUCCGGGCUUGUUACCGUACUUCUGAAGUUGAAUCGCUCAUUAUCGAGAGGUUGUAGUUGUGGUUCGACUUCAACGUUGGUGCAAACCUUACCAACAAGUGAGGCAAGUAGGCUGUGAACACCAUCGUGCCUCUGCGCCACGAACCCUCCCUUUUUGCGUGACAGGGCAUGGCAGACGGCAUACUUCCCACCACCAACACACUUGCUUGGUAAGCCAGACAGGGGCAUAUUAUACUUUAAACGCAGAGAGUUUUUGAAUUCUUGUUUAUUCAGCACAAAGCCAUGAUCAACAAGAAGCACUGCAGUAAGCCAUGAGCUCGCGCCCUUGUCUCUCGAUUGGUUAACUGACCGCAGCAGAUCCGAGGGUAGAGUUGAAUCAAUACUUCCCAUUCUCGAUUUCACCGAUGCAGUUUUUAAGGUUUGACGUUCUUUUUAACUCCUCCGUGGAAUUCUCGCCUGCAACCAUAAACAUGCUCUUUGUGGUAAUUGAAUCUACGUGCAAUGCUGUUAUUGUCGUAGAAGCAGCAAACUGUUGUGGAGCUUCAAACUUUAAGUCUGGUACGCCUAGCCCUCCUUGAGCGGGUGUCAAAGUAACGAACUGACGCAGACCACUAGGGAUGGGCUCCGUUUGACCGAAUAGUGUUGGGAGAAGUAAGUCGUCGAUCGACUCUUGGAUAGGGUUAUUAUUCUCUUUCAUCUGAGAGUGCUUAUUAUUAUUAUUAUUAUUAUUAUUAUUAUUAUUAUUAUUGUCUCUAUUAUCACAGUCUUUGCUGGUGUUCUUUUUGUGC